AUGUGGACCUUGUUUUUCUCUUUCCCAAUCCUUGCCAUCUGGGGCGCUGUCCCAGUCCAAGCUUUUGGGGUUCCCCUCAUCAAUACUGCUCCCGAUCCAUCUGGAGAUUCUUCUCCCACCGACACCUCAUGGAUCAAACAAUUUACGGCCCUGGGAGAUAGCUACGCUGCUGGUAUGGGUGUGGGCAACCAGGUUGAUUCAGCUUGCUCUCGGUAUUAUCGAGGCUAUCCCGACCUCCUGAAGAAUGUGUUCGUGUCAGACGCGACUUUCCAGAAUAUUGCGUGCUCAGGUCACACAUCAGUUCAAAUUGAGGAGAAAGCCAAAGAGCUGCCUGAUCACUCUCAGGAUCUGAUUACCGUUUCAGCCGGCGGCAAUGACGUCUUUCUCUCGGAAGUCUUGAAGACCUGUGUCUAUUCUCUCUCAUCAAAACAAGAUUGCGAAGCAGCCAUCAAGAAGACCCAGGAUGCGAUUGCGGAUCUAGAGCCACAUAUCAAAUAUUUGCUGGAUACUUUGCAGGCCAAGAUCAAAGACAAGGGCAUAAUCGCCUAUACUCUCUACGCGAAGUUCUUCGAUGAUAGUACGGAGAGUUGCACUAGCGAAGUGUAUGACACGGUCAAACAAGUUUUGAACCCCGAAUAUCCUCCAGUAGAUAAGGACUUGCGGGGAAGAUUGAAUGAUCUUGUUUACGACACCAAUGUGAAGCUUAGGAAUGCCAUCGGCACCGCUCAAGCAAGGAAAGGGUCAUUCGGCGGCGAUUUCCUAGCAGUUGAAUGGGACCAAUAUGUCUCUGAUGUUGGUGGACGAUUCUGUGAAGAUGGUGAUCCAGACUUAUCAGACAACAACCCGAAUGACCCUAACCACCCGGGGCUUGUCUUUCAAAGACUGAGCACAGGCGACAAUGGUAACAUACCAAAGGACAAGCAAGUCGUCAAUAGUGACGACAACAGCAAUCGCAAGAGAGGGGUCUGGGCAUCUAUCUCAAGAAGACGACUUCCAGAUUUCAUCGCUAGUGUCUUCCACCCGACGGAGCUUGGACAGAAAAUGAUUGCCAUCUCGGCACUUCAAGCAGUUGUGGAAACAAUGUACAACCGGAACCCUUCCGCCCCUGCUGGACCAUGCUCCAAAAUAGAUCCGAGGCCAGCUGUAUGCAAGCUUGACAGUAAGGCUGGCUCCAGUGUAGGAAUCACGGCAGACAAUUAUAAGAAAGCGAGUGAGGACUGGUGCAAAGAUACUUCGAAGAAUGAUUACCAAAGUCAGGAUUAUGGCAAAGGAUUGUGGUUCAACUUGGUCAAAUUCGAUCAUGGCAAUUGCCCUCAAGAUGAUUGUUUUAACACCCUUUAUAAAUUGUGGACCCAAUGUUCUGCUGGCACGCUUCACGGUGACCUUCAAUUAGAGAGCCCAUGCGGGGUGUACAGAGUUGACACCUUCGAUGUACCCGACACUACCAAACGUGGUGAUUGCGGGAAAGAGGGUCAACUUUCCUGCUCCGGUAUCUAUAAGGUCACAUUCAGCGUAGAUUUUGGUUUUACAGGGGGCAAAGUCACCUGGGAGUCCGACGAUGACCUUGGAACGAAGCUCGGAAGCGGCGAGGGCGAAGGCGACCACCAAACGACGAAUGAUUUCACCUUCACUCUCGGCGGUCACGACCUGAUGAAAGUCAUCGAUCCCCCACAAUCAAAACAGCCUUGGAACCCGAUGGAUGUGUUCAGCUUUCAGUACAAGGAUGAUGAACAUGGGAAGACGGACACGAAAACUUACAAAGGGACCGACAAAGAGAUUGUACCAAUUCCACGAAAAGACAAAACUGGCGCCCCUAUGGAGCCUAUUAUGGUGACAAUCUUUUCGUGCGAGAAGCAACCCGAUGAUGGCGAAGUCACAAAAGCAGUAUGUACGUUCAACGCCAAAGUAAUGAAUGCGAGGGCCACGCCAAAUUCAUGA